ACCAAAACCGAAUGCCGUAUGUUCUGUGCAGUGUCUCAUAGGUUGAAGUAAAUUGUGUUAAAGUGUUUAAUAUCAGGAAUUUUUUUAACAAAUUAUUUAAAUUUUAUUAUAAGCAAUAAUAUUUUGGUAUCAGCUUUACUGAUAAAAGUAUAAAAUCUUCUUAAUAAUUACACCGUAUAGCUUUUCGAGAGCAAAGUCUGUUAGGCCUAAUAGUGCUGGAAAGAUACAAGACAUGGUCAUGGACAUACCUACUCCCCAGUGUGUGGGCCGAGAAUUUGUUCGGCAGUAUUAUACUUUAUUAAACAAGGCUCCUCUACAUUUGCACAGGUUUUAUAAUAAUGAUUCAUCUUUCUUACAUGGAGGAUUGGAUCGACCUGGGCAAGAAACUCGACCUGUAGUAGGACAACAGGUAACUUUGAUUGGAAGAAAGGAUAUACAUGAACGUAUUAUGCAGCUGAAUUUCCGUGACUGUCAUGCAAAAAUUAGACAAGUGGAUAGUCAAGAGACACUGAAUGACGGUGUUGUCGUACAGGUAUCUGGUGAAUUAUCAAACAAUGGGCAGCCUAUGCGUCGCUUCAUGCAAACGUUUAUUUUAGUCCCCCAGUCACCAAAGAAGUACUAUGUCAGAAAUGAUAUUUUUCGUUAUCAGGAUGAAAUUUUUUCCGAAGACGAUAAUGGAGAAAUAGACAAUGCCUUGGGUGAUAUUGAUGUUGAAGAGCAGAAUAAUCAGAAGACCUCACCUGCUUUAAAUCAAGAUGAUGAUAAUGUUGGAUAUCAUGAAAAUGAAAUUAUGAGAAACGGAUCUGUCUAUGCUUCUGAUAAUGUUACUAAGUUUACAACUCAGCAACCACCUAGAGAAAAUGCUCCAAGUCCUCAACCAGAGUUAGAAGUGGAAUCUGCCAAAUCAGAUUGGGAAGAUGACGAAGAGGAGGAGGAAGAAGAAGAAGAGCUUGAAGAGGAAGAAGUUGUAACAGAGAGAGUUUCUGAAGAUAUAUUAGCUCCUGAAGCAGAAAGUCCUCCAGCAGUUUCCCAGGAACCAAAAACUUAUGCAAACAUGGUUAGUAAAAAUGCUAGUACUGUUGCUGCACCCAGUGUCCCUGCUGCUUCUAAUACAACAUCUCCAGUUUCAAGCCUUCCUCCUGCUCAUAAGAAUGAUCAAUCACCAGCUUUUAAAGCAGAAGGAACAUCAACACCAUCUGGGCAGUUGAGCAGAGAUAAAAGUGAGCCGGUAACAUUUGGACAGCAAGCCAAUCGCAUGUCACGUCCUAGACUGAAUUCUGGAAGGAGUGGUGUGCCACGUUUCGAAAGUGGUCAUGAACAUUCUGCAAGAUCUCCUGAUGAUCUUGAUGCUGAAAAAAGGAAACCUGCCUUUAUUCAUUAUCCGGAUUCUCAUCAGCUUUUUGUUGGCAAUUUAACACAUUCUAUCACAGAAGAGGACCUCAAAGUGCAUUUUACACAAUUUGGUAAAGUUCUGGAUAUGAGGAUCAAUACAAAACAGACCCAAAAACUAGGUGGAGGAAAAGUACCUAAUUUUGGUUUCAUUGUAUUUGAUGAUGCUGAAUCUGUGCAAAAGGUUUUACAAGCCAGGCCAAUAUAUUUCAAUGAACACCGUUUGAAUGUGGAAGAAAAGAAACGACCAAAGGAUAAUCGUAUUAAUUCCAAUGAUAACAGGGUUGGUCUUCCACGUGGUGGGCCAUCACCACGGGUUGGUGUUGGAGGACGUGGCCCACGUGGUGGUAUGAUGCCUCAAGGAACUGGUAGAGGUGACAACAGGGGAGGCAUGAGAGGAAAUUACGCUCCUCGACGUUAAUUUUAUAAAUUAACCGUAUUUUCCGGUCAACGUUUAGUUAUCACAAUGUAUGGUCCUUACUGAUUACAUGUUGGACAUCUGGUGCCUGGAUAGGACACAUUCACCAGUCACCUUGUGUUUAUUUUUUAUUAUGUCAAGCUUUCAGGUUUCAUUUGCUGGACUUCAUUACUCAAGUAACAGUGAAGGAGAAAAAAAUGUAAAUAGAAAAGUGCUUUAACCAUGUUCUGUUUUGCUUACGAGUGUGACUUCAUAAAUCUUUGAUUUCUGCUUCAUGAAAAUCCAGCCUCCACAAGUUGCCAAACUAAUGUUCAUGUGCAUCUUGACACUAACUUGUAAAUUAGGUACCAAUAAAUCCAAAAUGGUAUGUUAAUAUGCGUGAAGCAUGUUUCUCUUAGAGCUUUAUGGGUGCCACGAGGGGAUGUAGCCGGCAUCAUUAACUUUCUUUCACUAGUUCGUCUUUUUGUACUAAAAUCACAGAACCAUUUGUGAUAGUUUUUUCAAGAAAUUGUCCAUCAGUACAAUUGUGAUUCAACGGACAUUUAAAACUGGUGCUCAGUGAUCUCAUCUUUGUAAGAUAUUCAUAUUGUGUAUUACCAUUGAAGCUGCUACUUAAAAAGAAUUGCUUGCCUUUGGCUAUAUCUAAAAUAAAAUAUUUUUUAAUUUAUAAAUCAAAUUCUGGAAGUAAUUACAUCAAAUUACACUACCUCAUAAAGCUUUGAGAUAUAAAAAAAAAUCUUUUGCAAAAUUAUAAUGAAAGCAUAUGCAUAUUAAUUCAUAUUUGCUUUCCCCCCUGUCCAUUAUGUGUAUUGAUUAUCAUUGGCUUUUAAAUUUUUCUCCCUGAAUUUUUUUAAGUUUUUUUUAAGAAAUUUGUUAGCUGUGAAUAUUAUACAGGAAGAAUUAAAUCCUGCAUUUAUAUUAUAAUGACGUUUAUUUCAUAAGUAGGAUGUUUGAAAUUCUGAUUAUUGAGCUUGUUUGUUGUUAAAAAAAUAUAUUUAUUAUAAAGUCCUUUUAAUGUUAUGAAGUUAGACUUUACAUUGAAAGAAGUGAUUUCAAGUGUAAAUGUUUAUAAACAAACCUUUUGUUAAAUAUUUUAUGUAGCUUGAGUUGCUUGUUUCAUUGUUGAAAUUUUAUGUGAGAUUUUAAUUUCCUUUCUGAAUGUUCUGUCAUACUUCCAGCAAUAUCUUAAUAACUGCAAUUAUCCUAAAAAAUUUAAAUAAGCAUACAGUUCGUGUUGUGAUCCUCUAUAUUAUAUUGUUGGGAUCAAGUGAGAAAGUAGGGCUUUGUUAGAGCAAAGUGUACUUAAUGGAUGAAUUUAUCCCAUUGUGAAAAAAUUUGGUUUCCUUUUUCAUGUAAAUUGUGUAUUUUUGUCCUGCUGUGCCAUUUGCAUAUUUCCUCAAAUAUGUAGCCCAAAAAAAAUGUGAGAUUCUCUUCCCCUCCCAAUUAAAUUAAAUAGCAUAAAAUAGAUUUAGUUUAUUUAAUGCUAUUUGAUUUAGCUUUCUGUCACAUUUCUGAUUUUUCUUUUCUCCUUUUGUGUAAAAUGUGUCUUCUCCUCAUGAAAGUGUAUUAAUUUUAAUUUAAAUGCUUUUUUUCCCAUCAUCAUAGACUUAUUUUAGACCUAAGUUUCUUGUAUUUAACAUCUUCAAUUUGCAAGAUUGCUUGUAGAUAUGCCUAAUUUGGUUUCAUCCUCGCAUUUCUGUGUGUUUCAGUAUAUGGAUUGAAGUAGCUCUAAAUGUGGCUUUUAUUCACAUUUUGUUUUUCUUUUUCAUAUUUAAAUGUCCGAAUUGGCUAUCAUUUUUUACAUUUGUUAAAUGUUUUUGUAUUGUAAUAUGAUAGGUUGUAUGGCCUGCAUGCUCUAGGUAUAAAUUUCUAGAAAUGUUCUAGUCCUAGUCUAUUUAUUUAAGUAACUAACUUUAUUUCCGCCCAGUAUAGUUUAUUUCAUAGUUAAAUGAAUAAUUAGAAAGUGCAAAUUAGGAGUUAUUACAUUUCAAUUAAUAAUACAGUGUUAAAUUUUAUCUAAUAGUAAGAAAUAUAUUAGGAAUUCUGAUAUUAAGGGUAUAGCAAUUUUAGUCACUUUUUUGCUCAUUUACAGAUAUGAGAGCACCAUUUUAUUUUUGUGGUGUUUUAUCAAAUUUCAGUUUUUAAAGAUUGGAGUGGCACAAAUGCUGAUCAUCAAAUUAAAAAAUUUUCAUUAGGAUUUUUGAAUUUGUACACCAAGAGUGCCAUUUAUAGUGUAAGCGAAUAUUUUGGAUGUUAAAUGUUACUGUUGAUUCUACCAGUAAAUUUAGAUGGUAACCGAUACCGUGAAUAAAAAAAAAAUUUUAAUAUUUUGUGUGGAAUGCGAAGUUUGUAAGCGUCGUGGUAAUACAUGUAAUUAACUUUAUAAAUGCUGAAUCAGACGCGUUAGAUAACCAUGUUUCCAAUUUUUUUAAGUGUAGUAUCAAAUCUAAAAGCAGUGUAUGAAGCAUUGCUAAUUACAUAUAUGUAAAAAAUGUAUAUAGUGGUUUGUGAAAUUAAUCUGAUUUAACUUUUAACGUAUGGGUGUUACGUGUGAUAUAAGUUUUGUAGCAUAAAAUUAGAAUUGUAAAUUGGAAACUUAUUAUUUUCUCCUUUUGAGAAACUUUAAAAUUGCUAUCCAUAGAUUCUUCUCUCUUCUGUUUUGUACUGGGUUUAACCUGGCACAAGAAAGUUUUUAUUAAGUUAUUUAGUUUAGAAAAUAUUUUGCUUUCUUCUUUCUAUUUUAGUGUCCAGAAAUUUUAUUUGUUUAAUUUUUUACAAAAUUUAUGUACUCUCGGCAUCAAUUUCUGUAUAGAAUGCGGUGUUGAUUGUUCACAUCAGCUGAAGAGAUUAAUUUUUUAAGCUAAUAGAGAAAUUCUUAUACUCCUCUAUGUCAGUGUUUAAUGUGUACAUUAUUGUUUCAUAGUGACUUAUUUUGAUCAAAAUUUAAAAAUAAAAAUUGUUGAUCUUUCUUUAAAAAAAAAA